GGCUUCAGACUUGCACAGCAGGUCGGUGGUGGCGGGUUUUCGAGCGUGUUUCGAGCAGUGAAUGUCGAGGAGCAUCGUAUUGCAGCGUGCAAAGUGGUUUUAUUGACAAAGGAGACUACUCCCUAUCAGCGUAAAACUCUUGACAAAGAGAUGCGUGUGCACACUGCAUUGAAGCAUCAGAACGUCUUGGAAUUCAUUAACGCAGUGGUCGUCGAGCCUGACAAACGACCAAAAUACAUUCCCGCAAUCUACAUGCUCCUGGAGUUCGCUGCAGGGGGUGACCUCUUCGACAAGAUAGCUCCAGACAUUGGUCUCGACGAAGAUACUACGCAUUUUUUUUUUCUCCAGCUCCUGGAGGGACUGAGCUUUAUCCAUGGAGAGGGCGUUUGCCAUCGAGACUUGAAACCUGAAAAUAUCCUACUCGAUAUCACUGGCAAACUCAAAAUCUCAGAUUUCGGGCUUUGCUCCGUGUAUAAGCUAAAGGAGUCCGGCAGAACUCGCAUGCUUACAGAGCGGUGUGGGAGUCUCCCUUAUGUCGCUCCAGAAACGCGCUUUCAGCUUGAUUCUGAAGAUCCAUAUCAAGCGGAACCCAUUGACGUGUGGGGAGUUGGUGUUAUCCUCUUCACAAUGCUCGUUGGAAACACCCCUUGGGACGAACCCACAAAGCGCAGCUACGAGUAUUCUCGAUAUAUUACCGGUAAAAUAUUUGACGAUGAUCCUUGGAAACGUAUUGGAAAAGUUACUUUAUCACUUUUGACACGUUUACUCGACGUCGACCCGUCGACGCGUAUCACUUUGGCGGAGGCAAAACAACAUCCAUGGGUCCUCCGAUUGAGUCAAAUUGCCUCCCAAGGGCCGGUCGCAUUGGCUGAAAAGUUAACUCGGUCCCUCCGUGAGCAAGGUGAUCUGGAACUGGCAAACCCCGAUCUUGAGUCUCGGCCGCUAGUGGAUAAAGAUGGGGAUCAAGUGAUGUUGACUGCGACGCGUAGCUCACAAUUCACACAAUCACUCCUUCUAUUCUCACAAACCCAGUCAGGGACACGCUAUACCCCUCAACUUACACGCUUUUAUGCGCGCAUACAGCCACCCCGUCUUCUUGAGUUGAUAGAACAAUCCCUAGUAGAAUUCCGUGUCAAAGUCAAACACGUAGACCCCGAUGAAUCGAGUGGCUCUCCCGAUGACAUGCGAUGCCGCAUCGGUGGAUUCGAUAAAAGACGCGUCCAAUUUCGCGGGUGGGUCAUCGUGCAACGUUUCGUGGACCGGGACAUCGAGGGUAGCUUCUGUAUCAUGCAGCGCGACGAAGGUAACCCGUUGUCAUGGAGGGAACUCUGGAAAGCUGUUGUACAAUCUCCCAGGGUCGAGCGAUACGUCUUGAAGCGGCGAUGA